AUGUAUUGGGCUAAAAAAGUGAUCGAAUGGUCUGCGGACUACGAGAGUGCAUAUAGCUUUUUAAUCGAGCAGAACGACAAAUAUGAGCUGGAUGGACGAGAUCCCAAUGGAUACUGUGGCGUUAUGUGGAAUUUUGGCAUGCACGAUCGUGCACAUGCGGUAAUUGAUUUAAAUAUAAUAGUUAAAUCGUUCGGCUUGCUGGGAAGCUUCUUGGUUCCACGAUUUUUAUCAAUAUGA